CCCCUCCCCCGUUGUGCUUUUAUCAAGGGGAGGUUUGUGGUAGCUGUGGCAGUUGGGGGUUGGGGUUAUUCCCCCCCCCCGGCUUCGUUGGCUAGGUGGCUGCUUCAGCUUUAUCUCAGCGCUAUUGCAGCCUGCAGCUGGGGUGAGGAAUUUUGCCAGCCUUGCUUGUUUGGGCAUUGAAUUUGGGCAUUCUUAAACGCCAGCUAUAUAUAGGCUGCUUUGGCUUCUUCCAGAGCUAUUACUGGCUGCAGCUGGGGUGAGGAAUUGUGCCAGCCUCACUUGUUUGGGCAUUGAAUUUGGCUUUAUUAAACGCCAUCUAUAUAGACAUAGAUAUUUGGCCCAGGGGAAGCCCCCUGGUGGCCAUUUUACACGGCAUUCUGUUUGGUGUCCAUUUUGCCUGGCAAGCAGCAUAGCCCAGUCUAAUCUAAUUUGUCAGACCUCAGAAGCUAAGCGGGGCCAGCCCGGGUUAGUGCUUGGAGGGAGGCCGGGUUUCAUUGGCAGAGGAAGGGAAUAGUAGACCACCUCUGUUUAUCCUUGGGUACAGGUAUACGUAGGUUUUAGAGCCACGAUGCCUAAAGGAAAGGCCAAAGGCCCAUCUAAGGGCAAGCAGGCUGCCAAAAAGCCUGCUGCAAAGCGUGUGGUUCCAGCUUUGUCUUCCUCAGAUGAGGAGGAUGGGGGUGUGCCUAUUUCCCAGAUUUUGGCACGCAUUGCAGCGCUGGAGAAAGCCAGGAGCGUUCCUCCUGCAACAUCAGGGGGGACAGUACGUCAGAAAUCCAGUCGGCUAGCCACAAAGUCGGCUUUUCGACGCGAUAUACUCACACGUCUUUCUGCCCUUGAGGAGUCUGCAGGUGUGACGGCUGGCUCGUCGAGCGGUGAUGUCCAGGCGGCUGGUGAGGUUUUGGAGGUCCAAGAAGCCAGUGGUACUGAACAGGCCUGGGCGGAAGAAGGUGGGCCGCUUGCAUUGGCUGUGGAACCUCCAGUGGCUGAAUCCGCUGAAGAUACUGGUAAGAACACUUCCACACCACAGAAUUAUUCAUGGCCUUGGGGGCCUUGGCCUCAAGGAGUUCCCUCUACACUGCCUGGCCAUUCACAGGCACUUGGUUCUCAGGCUGGAUCCUCUCAGGCCUUGGCCACGGCCACUGUUCAUUCACCAUGGAGUCAGCCUAAUAAUUGGGGACAGUUUGGGGCCGCAGCACCUUCUGGCCAUGGACAGUCUUUAGGAUCUCAGGUUAAUUGGUAUGGGGGUGUCCCUCAUGGGGCUUCUGGGCAGCCUGCAGUAUGGCAGGCUUAUCCCCCGGGUGGUUGGAACCCUCAAAUUGGGACGGUGAGUUAUGGUAUGGUCCCCUUUAAUGCAUUGCCAUUUGGCGAUACGGCUCUUCCCUUGGGAGAUCAUUUAACUCAAGCCACUAGGGAGAAAAUCCUACGUGGUGAAUAUGUAGACAUCUUUACCCUUCUCUUUAGGGAACUAGAGAAGAAGGAUAAGGAAGAUUUAGAUGAGCGUGAUAAAGAAAAGCUGAAGCGUAGAAAGGUGGAUAGGAAUUGGCAUAAUUGGCUGCCUGGAAUGUUCAUUUAUGCGGGUGUCAUUGCUCGGGCGCAGCCCUGGCGGGCAGCUCCGCUUUUUCAAUAUAUGGAUAUUAUUUACAAGGGCUAUACGGAGUUCUCGGGCACAGCCUGGAUGCAAUAUGACGAGGAGUUCCGUAUGAGGGCGGCCCUCAACCCAGCUAUGCAGUGGGACCGCAUUCACCAGCAGCUGUGGCUGCAGGGUUUUGAGUUCGGUUUUCGAAUUCCGUUCCGUGGCAAUAGGGUCCCCUUCAUGUCCCCCAACUUGAAGUCUGUGGUGGGUAUGGAGGAAGUGGUACGGGCAAAAAUUGCCAAGGAAUGUGCGGAGGGCCGGGUGUUGGGCCCAUUUCCCUCCCCCCCAGUUCCUUGCUUGCGGGUUUCUCCGCUGGGUGUGGUGCCCAAAAAGGCAGCUGGUGAGUUCCGUCUGAUCCACCACCUGUCUUAUCCCAGAGGUAGCUCGGUUAACGAUGCCAUUCCAGAGCAUCUUUGUUCAGUGCGCUACACUUCAUUUGACCAGGCGGUCAAGGUGGUGCGGCGAUGUGGGGUAGGUGCGGAGAUGGCGAAGUGCGACAUUAAGUCGGCUUUUCGCCUUCUACCGGUUCACCCCGACGACUUCGAGCUCCUGGGAUUCUCCUUUGAGGGUCAGUUUUACAUGGAUAGGGCGCUCCCUAUGGGCUGCUCUAUUUCAUGUGCUUCGUUUGAGCGGUUUAGCUCGUUCCUUGAGUGGGCAUUGAAGCAUCGGUUGCGAUGCUUUGAUGCCUGUCAUUAUUUAGAUGAUUACCUUUUCGUGGGACCGGAGGGAUCAGGACAGUGUGCCCGUUUAUUAGCGGGCUUUAUUGCCCUAGCUGAGGAACUGGGGGUCCCCUUAGCCCAUGAAAAGACAGAGGGUCCAGUUACUGUUUUGACCUUUCUGGGCAUUGAGUUAGACACUAGGCAGCAAGCUUCCCGUUUGCCUAUGGAGAAACUACGGGACUUGCGUGCCCGUCUGGCAUCGUUCCAGGGGAAACGUAAAGUUUCUCUCUUGGAGCUUCAGCAACUAGUAGGGCAUUUGAAUUUUGCCUGUCGUGUGGUUGCUCCGGGAAGGGCAUUUCUUAGACGCCUGUGUGAGGCAAUGAGUAAGGCCAGUAAGCCUAAUCAUAGAAUACGUAUUACUAGAGACAUGCGGGCGGAUAUACAAGUCUGGGAGGACUUCUUGGGCUCGUUUAAUGGCGUCUCUUUUUGGAGAGAGGAUGUGCUGCUUGAAGCAGAGCUUCAGGUUACUUCAGAUGCAUCCGGGUCUACUGGUUUUGGUGUAUAUUUUCGUGGGCACUGGUGUGCGGAGCAGUGGCCUGCGGAGUGGGCAGGUCAGGGGCUCACCAGAGACCUGACAUUCCUUGAGUUCUUUCCCAUCCUUGUAGCGGUUUGUUUGUGGGGGAAGGACCUUGCGAACCACUCUGUGCACUUUUGGUGCGAUAAUAUGGCUGUGGUCCAAGUUGUUAACUCCCUUUCAUCCAAAUCACGCAGGGUAAUGAGGUUAGUCAGGGUUUUUACACUGCAGUGUUUGCGAUUGAAUAUACUGUUUAGAGCAAAGCACGUCCCAGGGGUGAGCAACUGCAUCGCGGACGCUUUGUCUCGCUUGCAGAUGGCGCGAUUUCGACAGCUUGCCCCCGAAGCCGAUUUGCAGCCGGCUCUGAUGCCGCAAUUUCUGUGGCAGAUUGGAGAGCAGAAGCGUGCAGGGCCAUUCGUUUAGC